GUUAUUUGAUGUUGUGGUUGAAACUUAAAAAAGAACAGCGUUGGCUCCGAGUAGUUCAGAGCAGUAGGAAUGGCUGCGAUCACGGGAACUCACGUGUUUAGUGUUGUCAGUUUCCACCUCAGGGAAGCCGAAAUACCUUUAGCAUGUUCCAGCUUAAGCCGCAAGCGUAUUGGUGAUUGUUCUCGGCGUAAUGUGGUUCUAAGACGCAGAGGAAAUACUUCGAUUCUUCCCAAAAUCAGAGCCCAGAAUAUUCCAGACUAUGUUCCAGAAUCCAAGUUUUAUAAAGUAGAAGCCAUUCUCAGGCCGUGGCGAAUCCCUCAGGUUUCUUCGGGUUUGCUGAAAAUGGGAAUUCGCGGUGUCACUGUAUCUGAUGUCAAGGGCUUUGGUGCUCAGGGUGGUGCAAAAGAGAGGCAGGGAGGCUCUGAAUUUUCUGAAGGAAAUUUUGUUGCCAAAGUUAAAAUGGAAAUAGUAGUGGAAAAGAACCAGGUUGAGGCAGUGAUUGACAAAAUUAUCGAGGAGGCAAGGACUGGGGAGAUUGGUGAUGGCAAAAUUUUCUUGAUCCCCGUCUCAGAUGUUAUAAGAAUACGGACAGGUGAACGUGGGUUGCAAGCAGAGAGGAUGACUGGUGGGAGAAGUGACAUGCUAUCUGCUGUAUGACUGGUUGGAACGAAAGAUCAGCAUUUGCCAUCUUUUUCUCUUACCCUUUCCUUUUCCCUUGUGGAAUAAGCAAUGCAUUGUGAUUUAUAUUUGCAAGAAUGUAUGAGGAUGUAUGACAGACUGUUGAAAGGACAGUGAUGAAACUUGAGAAAAAAUAAUAAACAAAUGCCGAAUUACUUCAAUUAGCGCCAUGUCAUAUGACGCCAAAUUGAAUGUGAUGUAAUAAAUUAAUGACAUUAUUAGACUUAGUGCAUUAAGAAAUACAGUUUAGAGCCCAGGUAAAAUAUUUUUCA